UUAACACCUAAAGCGAUUAGCGACGACGAUGAUUCAUAUCGAGAUAAGUGAAAACGCGUAUAAAGUGCGAUCGCGCGGCGGCGUACCGUUCAAAAUUCGAUCAAUGGCAGAACGGUUGAGGUCUCACCAAGGUAAAUAUUAUUCUCAAUUGAGAGUUGAGCGUGUGUGUGUUGUGUGUUGUUGAAACGUGUCGGAUCAAGUGUGCCGUCCACUCUAUCAUAUUCCUGGUCAUUAUAAUGUUCACCUCGAAUUUCUCCAGUACGCUGGGCGCCCCUUUCAACGGCCAGCCGACGGAGCCUUGGUGGAAAAACCCCUGCCAGGGACUGGUGCAAUUGCGACACGCCAGAAGCGACAAGAGCAGCCUCAGAACGCAGUUCGCAUUGCUCGCCAUCAGCCUCGAGGAAAACGUGUUGAAAAACUUGAAAAUUUUAUACCACAAUAAUGUGGACCUUAAAGUGAACAACAGUUGUCCCAGAACAAAGGCUGUACUUCGAUUGUUGAACAACCAUCAUUACACUGUUAAUCAAGCCAACUACAUGUUCUACCAAGCCAUCACGAAGCUGGGCGAGUUCGUGAACACGAUGAAGAACGUGAAAAUCGAGACGCCGGCGAAGUUCGACAGGGAGAAACGCUGGGACAUCUUCUCGGACAUCGAGAUUAACCUGAGGAACGUGCUGUGCUCGUACGAAUUGAACGCCGGGCACCGGAGGAAGCCUUCGAAGAAGAUCCCCGCGAAGAAGAUCGAGAAGAUGCUGUCGGGGAAGUGUUUGCCGAAGAAGAUGGAUCUGACGAUGUUGCAGGUGUACGAUUUGGACGUGAUCAAGAAGCUGUUGAAUUUCAUUAAACGGGGCAAGAAGAUCCUGAGGCGUAAGAGGAGGGCGAGAGUGAAGGGAAAGGGUAGAGGAAAGGAGAACGGUAAAAAGAGACAUUUACAUGACAGUAAAAAGAAGCACCAUAAAACGAACAUUAAUGGAUUAUAAAAAAAUUGUCUGUGAUUUUUUUUUUGUAUACGGCUAGUGAGUAUACAAGUAUGUGUUUUUUUGCGAUUUGUGUGUGGCAAAUUGGAUUCUAGCUGUGAUAUUAGUGACUUAGUUGUAAUUUAUUAUAUUUAUUUUAUUUUGUAAAUAUUGUAUUUUUGGACUAAUUUGUUCCUUUUUUUGUAUAUAAAUAUUGUGAUAUAUUAAUAACAAACAUAAAAGUCGGUUCUCGCUUAUUAUAAUUCGAUUAUUCAUAAUUGGAGAAGCGAUUUUUGUGGUCGCAAAUCGAGACUGAUUUUUUUUUUUGAUUUUAUCUUAUUUAUUUUAGGCAAUGCAAUAACUUCGAAUAAAAUCGAAAAUGUAAAAGAUAGAAUGAAAACAGUCUCAAAAUCGAUUUUUCGCCUCAUUUAUUUAUUACUAUUUAUUUUCACUUUGACAUUUUUUUAUGAAUAAAACUACGAAAUUUGUGCUAGUGUAAAUUCGCACAAAACGAAAUUUCGCUUUUUUUCAUCGACUAAAAUUAUUUAUUGUAAUUUAUUUUUUUUGUUUAUGUGAUAUAUAAUUUUGUAAAUAAAACUGAUAUGCAAA